UUGACCAUUCCCGUCUUAGAAGUCUUGAGGCAGCACCCACCAAAAGCACCCAUUGGACACCUGGGCCUGGCUGCUUGUAUUCUCUAUCAUGCCACUUACCUGGGGGGGUGGUCAAUGGAAUUUUCUCACCAACUUUAUGAAGUUUAUGUAUCUAUUUUUCUCUAGCCAACAUCAUGGGCUUCUUGAAAGUAGAGCAUUUCUUUCCUUGAAUCUUUGCCCCACCCAGAAGGCAUGUUGGGGGGGGAGAUGUUCAAGGAGAGGUGGGGUUUUGCGAUUUUGACCUAACCCUUUGAUAACAGGGCUUUUUUCUUCCUGCUUUAGGCCCUAUCCCUAGGCCCUUAAUAUAUGUCUAGAAAUGCCAACAGUACAUCAACUUUAUAAAAUAAUCCCUUGAAUUAAGCCAGUAUGGUUCCUGAUUGUUCCCCAUUUGUAGUCUUUAUAAAAAAAAUUUUAAUGGUGUUAUUUUACUGAGUUUCCUAGGCAAAACAUAGCUUGGGCUAGAUAUUUUGGGCUGAACCUGAUGUGAUUGGUGAUUUUAUUUUAAAAUUUUCUGUUUAAUGGAUUAUAUUUCCAUGACAUAAACCCUAAUCGAUCUGUUAAAUACCUGCAUGGGAAUGUAGCUAAGUUAUUUUUUAAUGUUUAUCCUUAAAGUUCCUUUAAAACGUUUCAUCUAUAAGCAGACAUUCAGUUGCUAGUCCCUCUCAAGAGUAUUUCUGUGUCUUGUUUAUUAAGGUUUAUUUAUUUGUGUUCUAGACUUCUCUGUAAUAGCACUACCUUGUAUUUGGUGCUGUGUUUAUUUUUUUUAACUAGUUAUAAAAUAUUUAUAAAGCCAGCCUCCAUUGUAUGCUGUGAGGAUUUAAAAAAUUUUUUCUUCAUUUAUAGAAGAUUCUUUUUUAUUAAAGUUCACCAGGAAUGCUACAAGCUAUGUUCAUAUUUGUAGUUUUUCAAACUUACCUGCUUAACUUGUCUUCACGAAGCCCUGACGGUGCAGUGGGCUACUAACCACACGGUCAGCAGUUAGAACUGCAAGAGAAAGAUGAGGCUGUCUGCUCCCAGAAAUAGUGACAGCUUAGAAAUCCCAUGGAGCAGUUCUACUCUGUUCGCUAAGGUCACGAUGAUUCACAAUUGACUUGGUGGCAGUGAGUUAACUAUAAGUUCGGGGCACAUACGUGUGCAUUAAAUUUAAUGCUGUGAUUUCUUAAGGAAAAGCAGUCACGCGACAUGUUUGAUUAGUAAAAUGUCUUGACUUAUUUAAUUCUUUUUAUGGUAAAGCCUGACUCGCCAUGGAAUCUCCUUGGGCCAUUAUUUUGGAAUGGGACUCUUGUAUUUCCCAAGUGCUGAGGUCUCAGUGGGUGGGUGGUUGUGUUUUGUCUUUCUGCCUACUUUCCAAAUUUGCACGAUCUUUCCUUUCAUUAGCAUCCCUAAGUUUCAGAUUGGACGUUGAGUUGUCUUAGCUGCCAGGAAGCAAGAAGCCGCUAGUCGCUGGUCUGGUGGGAGCACGUCGUCACAUAGCACCAUCCUAACGUGAGCUGAAGGCCUUUGUCCAAAGGCUUGAUGAUGAAACACAUACUUUAAACAGUCACAUUUGCAAUCCCAGCCGGCACAAGGACCAAUUCUCCAGAGCCUUGAACCUUUUUUUUAAACCAAUUGUCAGUCAUAAUCUUCUUUGGUCACUGCUUGUAUUAAAUAAAACCACCCUGAUCUUGUUCACUUUGUUUUCAUAUCCCAGAAUCUUUAUGGUCAACCUGUCCUCGAUGCUGUGUUGACAUUGCUGGCAGAGUUGACUGUACAAAUCGACUCGUUUUCAUUUAUAAUGCAAGGUUCAGUGUAUCUCUGCCUGCCUACUUCAGCCUGUGAGGGGGUGUGCGUUCGGGAAGGCCCCUGCUCGCCGAGCCGAGAUACGACUCGUCAGCGCAUCAAAUUCAGCGAUGACAGAGUUUGCAAGAGUCACCUUCUCAACUGUUGUCCCCACGAUGUCCUCUCGGGAACCAGAAUGGAUCUUGGAGAAUGUCUGAAAGUUCAUGACCUGGCUUUACGAGCGGAUUACGAGAUUGCGUCCAAGGAACAGGACUUCUUCUUUGAGCUUGACGCCAUGGAUCAUCUGCAGUCUUUUAUUGCGGAUUGUGACCGAAGGACAGAAGUGGCUAAGAAAAGGUUAGCAGAAACCCAGGAGGAGAUCAGUGCUGAAGUCGCUGCAAAGGCAGAGCGUGUUCAUGAGUUAAAUGAAGAAAUUGGUAAAUUGUUGGCUAAGGUGGAACAACUUGGAGCCGAAGGGAAUGUGGAAGAAUCCCAGAAAGUGAUGGAUGAAGUAGAGAAAGCACGGGCGAAGAAGAGAGAAGCCGAGGAAGUGUAUCGGAACUCCAUGCCAGCUUCCAGUUUCCAACAGCAGAAACUUAGAGUCUGUGAAGUCUGCUCUGCCUACUUAGGUCUUCAUGACAACGACAGACGGCUGGCAGAUCACUUUGGGGGGAAACUGCACCUGGGCUUCAUUGAGAUCAGAGAGAAGCUCGAGGAACUAAAGAGAGUUGUGGCUGAGAAGCAGGAGAAGAGAAACCAGGAGCGUCUGAAACGCAGAGAAGAGAGAGAGAGGGAGGAGAGAGAGAAGCUGAGGAGGUCCCGAUCACAUAGCAAGAAUCCCAAAAGGUCCCGGUCCCGGGAGCACCGCCGACAUCGGUCUCGUUCCAUGUCUCGGGAACGGAAGAGAAGAACUCGGUCCAAGUCUCGGGAGAAGCGCCAUCGCCACCGGUCUCGCUCAAGCAGCCGCAGCCGUAGCCGCAGUCACCAGAGAAGCCGGCACAGCUCCCGGGAGAGGAGCAGGGAGCGCUCCAAGAGGAGAUCCUCAAAGGAAAGAUUUCGAGACCAAGACCUAGCGUCACGUGACAAAGACAGGAGUUCCAGAGAUAGAUCCCCUCGGGACCGAGACCGCAAAGAUAAGAAGCGGUCCUACGAGAGCGCCAACGGCCGGUCUGAAGACAGGAGGAGCUCGGAGGAGCGUGAGGCGGGGGAGAUCUAGUGGUGCCUCGCCCUGCGCCUGCCGCCUACCUGCUUCCUUGGAGUCCCCCAUUGUUGAGUUUACAGCUGUGGAGGCGCAGCGAGCAACCCAGACACGGAUCCAGUGAGGCGAUGUGUGGGGUCUGACUCGGCAGUGAAGCCGAAGCCGGCCUUCAGCGUUUCUGGUGACCCUGCAAUACAGUUCUCUAAAAAGAUUCUCUGUUGAGUUUUAUGUAAUCAGACGCCCAUCUCUGGUUUCUUCUUUGUAGUAGGAGUGAUAGUGGGUGAAUUGUGUUACCUUGGGUUUUUUCCUUUUUCUCUUUUGAACAAUUGCUGUCUUCCUUUCUAGUUGCAGCAGCAGCUAUGGGUGUUUCCUUUUCAGUUCUUACUAUCCCCUAAUAGCCUCCGAUUGAAGGGGGCAGGGCAGGGCAGGCUGAAGCUAACUAACCUCUGUCCCAAGGUUCUCUUCCCUCUUUAAUUACUAGCUGAUCAUACCUUGAGCAUAUAUACUGGAUGUGUGCUGGAGAAAUGAACAACAUUGGUUUUAGGGUUUUUUUUCUACACACACACACACACAUACACACACACACCACACACACACCUUUAAAGGUGCCUAUUUAGAGUUGGAAGUUGAACAGCUGUUGCAUUACAACCUUCUGCUUUUUUUUAAUUGAAAUUUUGAAAUCAAACCUAUCUUGAUUUUUCUGUUGUAUUGAAUUGCUAUGUUUAGGAUGUUUGGAGGGGGAGGGGGAGAGGGACUCUCAUAAGCACUUGUUUUAUUUUGUGUGGAGUAUAAAGGCUACAUCCUUAUUGUAAAAUAAUAAGAAUAAAUUGAAAGAAACAAUCACCACCAUCAUUAAACUGACUUGUCUAGUAAAUCGUCA